AUGGCCUCGGAAGACGUAGACGGCCACUCUCUGUCAAACUAUCCUGACGAUGACGCGCUCUUGCAGGAGAUGGGUUACAAGCCCUCUCUCGACCGCGAGUUCACGAGCCUAUCUACGAUAAGCUUCUCCUUCAGCUUCCUAGGCUUGUGUUCGAGCGUCGCAGUGACGUUCAACACGCCGCUGCUGUCCGGUGGCCCUGCAUCGGUCACUUGGUGUUGGUUCCUCGGGUCGUGCAUGUGCCUUGCUCUAGCCGCGAGUGUCGCCGAGAUCGUGAGCGCGUUCCCUACCUGUGGUGGAAUAUAUACGGCUUCGGCAAAUUUGUGCCCGCCGCGUCUUCGUCCGGUGGUUGGCUGGAUCAUAGGAUGGCUCAGCGUACUUGCGCAGAUUGUCGGGUUGUCCUCUGCCGAGUUCGGACUGACGAACAUGAUAUGGGCCGCUGUCGUCAUUGCGAAGGACGGCAACUACGACGUCACAGCCGGCAAAGUUGUUGCGCUUUGCACUGGGCUUCUCAUCGUUCAUGGCUCGCUGAACAGCCUCGCUACUCGGCACCUCGCUCGUCUUACCUCCGGAUUUGUGUUCAUUAACCUUGGAGCAACGCUGAUUAUCGUCAUUGUCCUGCUUGCGAUGACCCCUCGCCACGAGAUGCAUAGCGCAUCGUCCGUAUUUGGCUCCGAAGGCGUUGUCAACAAUGCUACAGGCUGGAACAAUGGUGUUGCCUUCCUGUUUGGCCUGUUGAGCGUACAGUGGACGAUGACCGGUUACGAUGCCACCGCACACGUCUCAGAAGAGGUUAGGCGUGCCUCCUACCUUGCGCCUUUCGCAAUAUUCAUUGCAGUGGCAGGGACUGGCGUAAUCGGCUGGCUUCUGAACAUUGUCCUCGUGCUAUGUUCCGGACCAUUCGAAAACCUACCAGGCCCGUCUGACUCCGCAUUCCUGCAGAUCCUCGUACUGCGCAUCGGCAAGCCCGGCGCGCUCUUUCUGUGGUCCCUCGUCUGCCUCACGGCGUUCUUCGUGGCCCAGACAGGCCUGCAGGCGGGCUCGCGGACGAUCUAUGCCUUCAGCCGGGAUCACGGCCUGCCAGACGGCGGCUUCUUCGGGCGCGUGAGCACGCAGACACGCACGCCGCUCCGUGCAGUCUGGUUUACGACGUUCGCAAGCGUGUUGCCGGGCCUGCUCGACCUCGCGAGCCCCAUCGCGGCGAACGCGAUCUUCGCCAUCACAGCCAUGGCCUUCGACCUGUCGUACAUUGUGCCAAUAUUCCUGCGAAGGGUGUACAGUGGGCAUCCCGACGUCCGUUUCAGGCCCGGACCAUUCUACAUGGGCGACGGCUGGUUCGGGUGGUUCGUCAACGCCGCGGCCGUUCUCUGGACGCUCUUCGUCUGUGUCAUCUUCUCGAUCCCGAACGAGCUGCCUAUCACAGGCGAGAACAUGAACUAUGCGUCGCCCAUCACCGGCGGCGUUGUCCUCCUAUCGUUGGUAUGGUACUUCUUAGGAGGCAAACGACACUACCAUGGCCCGGCGCCGACCGUCGACCGGCAGGGCGACGAAUCGCGAUCGCUGGAGGACGUCAAAGCUGACGAUGCUCAUGAAAAGGAUGAUGCAUGA